UCGCAGGAAAUCCGCGUCCUGGGCCUAGCGGGUCUCUUUUUGAGCAUCUUGCUUCUCUCUCUGGGAAGAGCGAGAGCAAACAGCGAGAAUACGAAUAUCUCUGAAUAGGUUUUUUUUUUUUUUGAUUUCCAAUGGCUUCUCAUCCCCAUCUCGACGAUGAAGAUGAUUUCGGUGGAGAUUACCCGGGAAAUGAAAGCAGCAGACGCUCUGGCACUAAAAGGAGCUUCGGAGAUCUCGAUGAUGAUGAUGAAGAUAUCUUUGGUUCGAAGAAGGGGCAACCAAAGGUGGAAGAAAGUGUGCCCGGUGUUACGACAGGGAUGAUUUUGUCUCUUCGUGAAAGCCUCCAAAACUGUAAGGAUACCCUUGCAACAUGCCAGACAGAGCUUGAAGCAGCAAAAUCAGAAAUCCAAAAGUGGCAUUCUGCAUUUCAGAAUGAACCAGCUGUAACUGCUGGCACAACUCCAGAACCUCAAGUAGUUGUAAACUAUCUUCAAAAUCUGAAAUCUUCUGAGGAAUCAUUGAGGGAACAGCUAGAGAAAGCAAAGAAAAAGGAAGCAGCGUUCAUCGUAACAUUUGCAAAAAAAGAUCAGGAGAAUGCAGAAUUGAAGUCUGCAAUUCGGGAUUUGAAGACACAACUGAAACCACCAUCGAUGCAGGGAAGGAGGUUAUUACUUGACCCGGCCAUACAUGAGGAGUUUACACGUUUAAAGAAUUUGAUCGAGGAGAAAGACAAAAAAGUGAAAGAGCUUCAAGACAAUGUUGCUGCUGUCAGUUUCACCACACAGAGCAAGAUGGGCAAGAUGCUGAUGGCCAAGUGUAGGACCUUGCAAGAGGAAAAUGAGGAGGUUGGACAGUUGCAUUCGGAAGGGAAGAUCCAUGAGUUGACAAUGAAGCUUGCUUUGCAAAAAUCUCAAAAUGCAGAACUUAGAGGUCAAUUCGAAGGAUUUUAUAAAUAUAUGGAUGAACUGACAAACGAUGUGGAAAAGUCAAAUGAAUUGGUACUUAUUUUGCAACAGAAACUGGAAGAGAGGGAUCUUGAGAUUAAGAGGCUGAGAGAAGAACGGUCACAGAAAGAACCAACCCCGGAAGGAAAUGAUUCUAACGGUGCUAACAAAGUGAUUGAUGAUAAUACUCUGGUGCAGACAGAAAUUGCAGUUUAGGAAAUUUUCCUGAUAUUUUGUAUUUUCUUUUGGGAAUGGCGAUGUGCUUUGGAAAUUAGCUUAGAAUUUUGCUAUUUGAAACUUCUUUUUUUUCCCCCCAGUUGUUGGAGAAGACUAAUGGUGGGUUAGGAAACAGAGAAUUUCUCUA